AUGUUUGGACCGAAUAACCCUGCAAUUGUGCUUGACAAUGGAACCGGACUACUCAAAGCUGGAUAUGCCGGUGAAGUAACACCUAGAGCAGUGGUUCCCAUGAUUUUAGGUAGACCGAAACAGGUGAAAUUACGAACUUCUAUUCGCAAUGGAGGGUUUUUCGCCAGGAGUGGAGCUGGUAGGAAAAGAGGUGCCUUAGCUCUUUCAUACCCCAUUGUUAAUGGAGUCGUACAUAACUGGGAUGACUUGGAAACUAUAUGGAACCAUGUGUUUACAAAUGAAUUACGUGUGUUACCUGAAGAUCAUCCCAUCUUAUUAACCGAGGCACCACUGAACCCGCGAACGAACCGAGAGAAAUUGGCUGAACUUACGUUUGAGCGUUUCCGUGCGCCAGCAAUGUAUGUGUCCAUGCCAGCCGUACUGGCUCUUUAUGCUUCAGGUCGCACGACUGGUUUAGUUUUGGAGUGUGGUGAAGGCGUUACGCAUUGGGUGCCAGUGUUUGACGCUUAUAUCAUUCACAACGCAAUAAUUCGACACAACCUGGCGGGUAGAGAUGUUACGAAUUAUCUGAGAAAAUUGCUGGUCGAGAGGGGUAACAACUUUACUACCGCGUAUGAACAUGAGGUCGUCCGUGAUGCCAAAGAGAAGAUUUGCUAUGUUGCCUUGGAGUUCCAGCGAGAGCUUCAGCUGUUCGCGGGGAAAGGAUCCCACGGCAUGAAUUACCGACUGCCCGACGGCCAAAAGCUUCAAGUUGGAAGUGAAAGAUUUUGUGCGCCGGAGCUGCUCUUCAACCCGAAUUUGGAUGGCUACGAGCUUUCUGGCAUUCAUCAAACCACCUAUGAAUCCAUCACUAAAUGCGAUGUUGAUUUGCGCAAAAGCUUCUUCGAAAGUAUCAUUUUAACUGGUGGUGGGACUAUGUUCGAGGGAUUUCCAGAGAGAAUGAAGAAAGAAUUAUCUGCGAUGGCACCAAAAACGGUGAAGGUGAACAUUUUAUCCACCCCGGAAAGGAAGUACUCUGUUUGGAUUGGCGGGGCUGUUCUGGCAUCUCUCUCGAGCUUUAAUGAAAUGUGGGUGACACGGAGGGAGUACGAAGAGUCUGGUCCAUCGAUUGUUAGUCAUCGGUGUUUUUAA